UAAUCAAACUAAUGAAACCACCUCCUGACAUGCAGUUAACCACCUUCUUACAUGCAGUUUAAGCAUAAUGGUAUGAAUUUUAUUUGGGUAUAUGGCUGUGUUCUUGAGAUUUAGAAAUCUUUAUGUGAGUUACUGAAGGCAUGAAGGUAUGGUAUUGGCUACAUUAUAUGUAUUUCAUGUUUCAAAUCAUGGCCACUUUCUGAGGCUGUGUUGCAAUUGUUGCAAUUGGGAGCAUUGUAACUGAUUUAUGUGAUUGCUGUUGGUAUGUUAUAUGAUUUAGGGCAUCGACGAAUCGCAUCAUUAGGCAGGCAACUACAGCUGAAUCAACACUGCAUAGACACUGCAUAUAAUUUCUUCAAGAUGGCUGUUGCAAAUCGACUCACUCAAGGUCGUAAAUCAAACCACAUUGCUGCCGCAUGUUUGUAUCUUGUGUGUCGAACAGAAGGCACACCUCAUUUAUUGUUAGACUUCAGUGAUUGUUUGCAGGUCAAUGUGCAUGUUCUUGGCAGAGCAUAUUUAAAGCUUGCAAAUGCACUUUGUAUUAGUGCCCCAGCUAUAGAUCCUUGUUUGUAUGUUCAUCGAUUUGCCAACAAGCUGGAGUUUGGUAAACAGACACAUAGUGUUGGAAUGACUGCUUUGAGGUUGGUAGCAAGGAUGAAGCGUGAUUGGAUACAUCAUGGUCGUCGACCAUCUGGGAUCUGUGGCGCAGCUCUUCUUGUUUCAUCUCGCCUUCAUGGUUUUAGUCGUAGUGUGAAGGAUGUUGUGAGGGUAGUUAGGAUAUGCGAACCGACCAUUAAGAAAAGGCUUGAAGAGUUUGAGAAGACUCCUUCAGGCCAGUUAACUAUAGAUGAAUUUCUACAGAUUGAUUUGGAAGAAGAGAGUGACCCACCAUCAUUUUUAGAAGCAAGGAGACGAGCAAAGGCACAGGUCAACUACAAGGAAGUGGAGAGCAAUCCUGAACUUGCCAGUAUGUUUCAACAUUCAUUGUAUGAUUUUGUGGUUGGUUGGCUUUAGCAGUGGAAAGAGUAAACAUUUUUGGUUCUGAACAGAAAUAUUUGGAUUUCUUUGUGUAAAUUGUGUUUUGGGUGUUUGGGAGAGGUUUGGGUUCUGGGAUGCUGAUGAUGUGUUAGGCUUGUGUUUAUGGUAGGGUUAUUGAGAAGCAUUGAGUGCUAUAGUCAGGUAUACAUGUGAUUACUCUUAUUGACUAAUCUACGAGGUGUUGGCUCUUUUAAGGCAUGAAGACAUGUGUUUUAACUUAUGAGGAGACAUUUUAAAGAAAAAACUGGGAGGAAUAUAGUUGAACAGGAAGGUGUGGUGGUGAUGGUGGUGAUAAGCAUGGUUUUGGUUGUACAAUGAAUAAUUGCUAUAUUUUAGUACUGUGUUUGUGUUUCAACUUUUACAUCUAAAGCCUAUCAGGUAUCGUAGUACAGAUAGUCUCGCGUAGCCAGACCCUUUCCACGACGUCAUAC